AUGACCCGGCCCCGAACCAGCACGAAAAGCGGUCGUCGAUCAGCCGAUCUUUCCCUCGCCGCGCAGCUCGACGCCGGUUCGCCCGCCGCUCGCGACGCCGCCGCUGCUGCUCCAGCAAAGAAGACCGACGGCCCGCGUUGGGAGGAGCGGCGGCCGUUGUUUGAGGGUGGCGGCGGAAGUAGUGGCACCACAACGCCGAUCGUUUCGGUGGCACCAGUGUGUCAGGGAAGGGGUUUGGCAGUAGGGGUAGAGGAGGAGGAAGAAGAAGAGGAGGAGAAGGACCGGAGGAGAGUCAGAAACAUCAGAAACGCUCCGACCACGCCGCCGCUUCCUGCGCCGCCAUCUGGCCUCAACUUGCGCGACCCUUUCGAAUCUGUGGACGCGCAUGCUACUGCGGCGACGAUGCGGCAGAUCUCUUGCCUGCCGUCGCCGUCGUCGCCGUCGUCGUCCUCAGAGGACGAGAGCGAGGAUGAGGAGGAGGAAGGUGCAGUGGAGCAGACGGACGCAUUCACGGCGGGCAGCAGCGGUUCGGACAGCCAGGAGGAAGAAGAGGAAGAUUGGGGUGGUUGGUGGGAUUGA